CUUAAUAACGGUGGAAAUAAUGUAUAGCAAGAGAAUGAAUCACUCUAAAUAAAGAAACCCCUUGAGGCUUGAGGUAGUAAGAGAUUAAAAUAGAAGAAUUAGAGUGAAAAUGGUGAUCAGCAGCACAAGUACCGCCACAGAUGCCACCACCAAGAGCUUGUCUUCCACCUUUGCUUCUCGUUAUGUUCGUACUUCUCUUCCCAGGUUUAAGAUGCCAGAGAAAUCAAUACCGAAGGAUGCAGCUUACCAGAUUAUAAACGACGAGCUUAUGUUAGAUGGGAACCCGAGGCUGAAUCUGGCAUCUUUUGUAACUACUUGGAUGGAACCCGAGUGUGAUCAGCUCAUAAUGGCUUCGAUAAACAAAAAUUAUGUCGACAUGGACGAGUACCCUGUCACUACCGAACUUCAGAAUCGUUGUGUUAAUAUAAUCGCACACCUUUUUAAUGCUCCGAUUGAAGAAGAAGAAACUGCAAUCGGUGUAGGCACUGUAGGGUCAUCGGAGGCAAUCAUGUUGGCUGGUUUAGCAUUCAAAAGAAAAUGGCAGCAAAAGCGUCGUGCACAAGGAAAACCUUGUGACAAACCUAAUAUAGUCACGGGAGCAAAUGUACAGGUUUGCUGGGAGAAGUUUGCUCGCUACUUUGAGGUGGAACUAAAAGAGGUACACUUGAAAGAAGGAUACUAUGUGAUGGAUCCGGAGAAAGCUGUGGAUAUGGUUGAUGAGAAUACGAUAUGUGUGGCAGCUAUUCUUGGGUCUACCUUAACAGGAGAGUUUGAAGAUGUAAAGCUUCUUAACCAACUUCUAACAAAAAAGAAUGAGGAGACCGGAUGGGAUACUCCCAUUCAUGUCGAUGCUGCUAGCGGGGGGUUUAUCGCGCCCUUUAUAUACCCUGAUCUUGAAUGGGAUUUUCGGUUGCCUUUAGUGAAGAGUAUUAAUGUGAGCGGUCACAAAUACGGCCUUGUUUAUGCUGGAAUAGGGUGGGUUAUAUGGAGGAGCAAAGAUGAUUUGCCGGAGGAUCUUGUUUUCCACAUCAACUAUCUCGGUUCUGAUCAGCCUACGUUCACACUCAACUUCUCUAAAGGUUCGAGUCAGAUCAUUGCGCAAUACUAUCAGUUGAUCAGGCUUGGUUUCGAGGGCUACAAAAACAUCAUGGAGAAUUGCAGGGACAAUGCCCAGGUAUUGAAAGAAGGGAUAGAGAAGACGGGGAUGUUCGAGGUGAUCUCCAAGGAUGUUGGGGUGCCGCUGGUAGCAUUCGCUCUAAAAGAUAGCAGCAAGUACACUGUUUUUGGCAUAUCCGAGAGUCUAAGGCGUUUCGGUUGGAUUGUGCCAGCAUACACAAUGCCACCCAAUGCGGAGCACAUUUCGGUGCUGCGUGUGGUGGUAAGAGAGGAUUUUAGUCGGAGCCUAGCAGAGAGACUAGUCUUCGACAUACACAAAGUUUUACAUGAGAUGGAUAGUCAUCCGAUCCAAGUGUCAACCAAGUCCGCACAUGUUACUCUAGAUAGUGAUAACAUACCAGAAAACAAGGUUGUAGUCAAGAAAGAUAUGGUGGAAAUUCAAAGAGAAAUAAUCAAGUAUAAAAGGGUCGUUGAUCGGAAUAAAACAAGCGGAGUUUGCUAGAGAUUAAUAUGUUGCGAGUUGGGAAUCGAAACUGAGUUGUUUCUACUCGAUAAACGGCGUUACAUCUACAAUAAAGUACAAUAUGUUUAAAUGUCGGUGUGCGCUCUUGAUGAUAGCUAUUUGUAUCUUGGUGACUGAUGCUAGAAGUUUUCAACAUAGUAUUCCCAAACCCAAAUGUCCAUUGCUUGUUCAUUGGGCAUCAUGUAUUUUGAAAGUGUUCAAGCUUGUAAAAUGUUUAUGAUGCAAUCGUGAGGUGUAUUUUUCAUUUUAGGCUGUUAA